AUGAGGCAAUUAACUUGCCUUAGUGUUUCUAAUAAUAAUAUUGGAAAUGAAGGAUUCAAAUUCAUUUGUGAAAUGAAGCAAUUAACCUAUCUCGAUGUUGGCAGAAAUGAUAUUAAUAGUAAAGGACUCAAUCAUAUCACUAACCUUGAUAAGUUAAAAGAUCUUCGUAUUUAUUACAAUAGUGUUGGAGAUGGAGCUAAAUAUAUAAGCGAAAUGAAACAAUUGACUAAUCUUAAUGUAAAUACAGCUUGCAUUAAUGAAAAAGGAGCCAAGUUCAUUAGUGAGCUGCCACUGGUCACUAAUCUCAAUAUCAGUUUCAAUGAAAUAGGCAAUCAAGGACUCGAACACAUUAGUAGAAUGAAACAGUUAACUCAUCUCAAUAUUCAAUCCAACAAUAUUGAUGAUACUGGAGUUUAUUUUCUUCAUGGACUGGACCAAUUGACCACACUCGAUAUUAGUAAACAUAUUAUUGGAGAGAAAGGAACCAAACUACUUAGUGAAAUGGAACAAUUAACUCAUCUUGACAUUUCUGAAUGUUGUAUUCAAUAUGAAGGAGUUAAACACAUCAGUGAAAUGAAAAACUUGACCUAUCCUAAUAUUUGCCUCAAUUGCUUUGGAAAAGGAGGAGCCAAAUGCCUUUGUGAAAUGAAAAACCUUAUUAAAUUGUAUAAAUAA